GGAUUGAGGUGGCGUUACUAGAACAUCACUAUUCUGCCACAGAUUACAAAACACGAAAUCGUUGACGUUGUCAAAUUGACUUUUUAGUUUGAGAUUUGUCUGUUGUCUAUGGUUUCUUUUGAAAAGUUGUAGCCAUGGCGCGUGUACCACCACCAGCGGUGAAGAAAGAUAAGAAGAAGGAGAAGAAAGAAAAGAAGGCACCUAAAGACAACUCCAAAAAUGUUAUGCGAAACCUGCAUAUCAGGAAAUUGUGCCUGAACAUCUGUGUGGGAGAGUCUGGUGACAGGCUUACACGAGCGGCGAAGGUGUUGGAACAGCUGACUGGCCAACAGCCCGUCUUCUCAAAGGCCCGCUACACUGUCAGGUCUUUCGGUAUCCGUCGUAAUGAGAAGAUUGCUGUCCAUUGCACAGUCCGUGGAGCCAAGGCUGAGGAAAUCCUCGAGAGGGGUCUUAAAGUACGAGAAUACGAGUUGAGGCGUGACAACUUCUCAGCCACCGGUAACUUUGGCUUUGGUAUCCAGGAACACAUUGACUUGGGUAUCAAAUACGACCCCGCCAUCGGUAUCUACGGUCUUGACUUCUACGUCGUACUUGGCAGGCCAGGUUUCAACGUAGCCCACAGAAGACGCAAGACUGGCAAGGUUGGGUUCCCCCACCGCCUGACCAAGGAGGAUGCUAUGAAGUGGUUCCAACAGAAAUACGAUGGUAUCAUCCUUAACAGCAAAGCCAAGUAAACAUAAGUAAAUAUAAAACAUCUUAACACA